AUGGCCAUGUUUUGCGCAACGCUGUCGGUGGUGGCAUUCUGGCUUCUUGGUGCCGGUGGCGAUUGCAAAACAUCCGCUUCCCACCGUCCAUCAGCGGUCACGAACGGAUCGAUGACGACCGAUGACAAACGGUUGCACGGUGGCGUGCUCGAGGCGUCCAGCGCUAUCCUGGCUGACUCGUUAAAGGUUUUGCCAACACUAGCAAACGGACAUCUAGGCUUCACGGUAUUCGAGGAUGCAGUUUACAUGGCCGGAUUGUACAACGGUGCUGGAGGAUUGAGUCACCGUGCGCGCAUCCCGAACGUAGCCAAUCUGCGGCUCGAUAACGCGUGCUAUCGAGGAACGGAUCCUUCCUGCUGGCUUGCGCUUGACCUGGAUCGAGGGUUAUUCCAGGUGAACUAUACGGCUGCCAACGGAUCGCAUCGAGUGACUCACCUGCUCUAUCCUCACGCCUUAUACCGACGCUUGAUCGUGAACCAAUUUCUCGUGGAACGACUCACACCGGACGCUGGCGACAUCACCGUGCGGCUCUGGUCGGGAACUGCUUUCACCAGCGAGGACAUCCAUUUCCAGCCCAUCCGCAUGUCUGCUCACUCGAGCUCAACUCCUGCCAUCUACCAGACCUGUGGCCGAACUGUGGAGAUCGAAAACGGUACGUACCAGCCGGAAACCAGCGCCGUCUGUGUCCUAUGGAAUUACGUACCCGAUCGGCUAGUGUUGCGGGCUGACGAGCAAACGGCAUCGUUUAAAUUCAUCAUGUCGGUGGACGCAAACGGCACCAUCGCCCGGAGCGAGCUAAGCAAAGCCCUGCUUGCAACCGACGAUGAGCUGCUGCGAUCGCACACCACACUUUGGGGCUCCUUUUGGGGGCGCUUUCAGAUCCUAACGACCGGAAACGGACCGUUACAGCGUGCGGUUCGAGCGAGCGUCUUUUUCCUCGUCAGUAGCCUUCCUUUUGAGGCGAGUUACGCCCAAUCGGGAGGGCCAUUUUUUGGACUCAGCCCAACGGGGCUCGGACGGGGUGGAUCCAACCUGGACGAUUACGAGGGUCACUCGUUCUGGGACACCGAGAUCUGGAUGCUUCCGGUGUUGAACCUGAUCGAUCCGUGGUAUGGUCGGUUGCUGAUCGAGUACCGGGUGCGAAUGUUGCCCGUAGCGAAGGAUCUUGCGGUUGAAAGUGGCCACAAUGGAGUACGGUUUCCCUGGGAAAGUGGCUUCACUGGGACGGAGGUGACACAACCUUGCUGUCCAGAAGUCGCCAUUUUCCAACACCACAUCAGCGGAGACAUUAGCUUCGGUUUACGGCACCACCUGGCCACAACGCAGGACCUCGGCUGGCUCCAGACUAGCGGUGGUUGCCUGAUGGCUCAAGAAAUAGCCAAAUUCUGGGCCAGCCGGUUGAUUUUCAACCACACCGGCACCGACCAGUACGACAUUGUAGCGGUAAUGGGACCGGAUGAGGAUCAUGAAAAUGUAACCAACAACGCGUACACGAACGUGAUCGCAGGCUACGCGCUGUAUUUUGGCGAGUUUGCGGGCUGCAUUUGUGGUGAGGACGUUAGCUUACGCAACUGGAGCGAUAUCGCGGCUCGUAUCAAACUGCCGUACGAUGUUGCCCGGGAUUAUCAUCCACAGUUCGAUGAUUACCGCCCGGGAACGGUCAUCAAGCAGGCUGACACGGUUUUGCUGGGUUUUCCACUGCUGUAUGGUGGUAUGAACGCUUCCACGCGUCGGAACGACUUGCGGACGUACGAACCGGUAACACGUGACACAGGACCAGCCAUGACCUGGGCUAUGCACGCUAUAAACCAUCUAGAUAUCGGAGAUCCAGGGCCGGCAGCGGAUAAUUUCGUUCGCAGCUAUCAGCCCUACAUACGCGGUCCAUUUCACGUCUGGCACGAGCUGACACAGGCCGGUGGAGGCGCACGAAACUUCAUCACCGGUGCGGGUGGCUUUCUACAAGCUGUCGUUUUUGGUUACGCCGGAGUGCGGGUGUAUCUGGAUCGGCUGGAAGUGCGAGCAAUUGCUGAAUCUCUACCAACCGCGGGCUUCAACGUCACGGUUAGAGGAAUUCAAUAUCUCGGUGCGCUUAUCACAGUAACUCAAGCGAUUAGCGAAUCGGAAGUAAGCGUGACUCACAUGGAGACGAUGUUGACGAUUGGAUUCGGCGAUGGUAACGACAUAGUUGAUGUGGUUGUCAACCAACCUUACCGGCUGAACAAUCGAACAGCGAUAAUACGUGCCAAAUUUAACCCGUAUGAAGAGUGUGACCUACCGGCUGAUCUUAUCGGUGGAUGAGACAUGAUAAGCGUUCCAUUAACGCCAUUUGGCGAGAUUGAACAUCCAUACACAUGUUAGCUGGUUAGCUUUAUUUGAUUCCAAUUCCACAAACAUUACCCUGCUCCAGGGCAGCUUAGGAUUUGUCGCAUAGUAAUCAAGCUUGUCUAUCAGGA